AUGAUCCGGGCGUUCUCCUUCCCCGUGAGCCCGGAGCGGGGCCGGCUCCGGGGCUGGUUGGAGGGGAGCCUGGCCGGGCUCUGCGAGCUCCACCUGCUGCGGGAGCGGCAGGAGCGCCGGGUGCGGCAGGCGCUGCGCCUGGGGACCGACAUUGUCAGUGUCUUUAGCCCUGGCCUGGCCACUCCCGGCUGCCUGGGUCUCCAUGACGCGCCGUCCGGCAUGCGCUCUGGCGGGCGUCGUCGGUCCCCUGCCUUCCAGAUGGAGCUGGGGCGUGUGGGAGUCUUGGCGGUGGUGGUGGGGAAACAUGAUGCGCUGCCUGGGCUGAUGUGGGAACUGGAGCAGCAAGUGGGGGGGCUGCGGCUGUACCCCGAAAAGGCCUGCGGGGAGGCGGCCGAGACGGACAGCUGGCCGAGCUCGGGUUUCUACGAGGGCGCCUCCUCUGCGAUGGCCUCAGACUCACCGGUCUCUGGCUUCGGGGACUCUUCUGGCUUCCCCUCCGUCUCCGGCUCCUGCUCCCGCAUUGGCCAGGCCGAGUCGCGUGGCAGCUAUGCCAGUGAGCGCCCCAAAUCCGUGGGCGAGGUGGGCAGCAGUGGCAAAGACAGUGCUGGGCGGGGCAUGGUUCCCCGCUCCUACUCGGCCCCCUACUCCAGCUGUCAGGACUACCCCUCUGAGCCACCCCCGCGCCUCCCGCCCCGGGACAGCCUGGACCCCUUCCUGUACCCUAGUCCCCUUCACGCUGUGGCCAUGCAGAACCCGCUGCUCCACGGCCGCCUCUAUGAUGCUACUCCCUUCUCGCCGGGCCUGGCCUAUGGGGCGGAGCAGGAUGGGGGGCUGGAGGAGUUUGGGGGGCAGGAGCUGCCCUGUUACCCCGAGGCCGCGCACUGCCACAAGGUGGAGAGCUACAUCUCUCGGCUGAUCCGCCGGCGCAGCCAGCUGGCGCGGGGUGGGAAGCCCCGGACUAGCCUUAAUGCCGAGCCGCCCGCCAAGGCAGUGGCCCGCCAGAACAGCCUCUGCAAGAGGCCCUCGGAGCUGCUGGCCCCCCAGGCAGAGCGCAAGCACCCCCCGGCCAUGGAGCGAGGCAGCAGCACCCCCUCACCCUGCGGCUACGAGGGCGGGGCCGGCGCGGCCGCCCGGAUCUGGUCGUCCUGGGACGCUGCGGCCGAGAGGACGCUGGCCGCCAAGGGGGCCCUCGAAGGCUACGCACCCCCCCACUCCAGCCUCCAGAAGCCCCCCAAGCUGCAGGCGCUGGCCCACCUCCGGCCUGCCCUGUCGGUGGAUCACUACGAGGAGGGGCCGGGCGAGGACGGUGCCCAUGCCAGGAAUGGCCAGGAACCCCCUCCCUACGAGGAGAGGGGGGGCUGCCCCCCGCUGGCCUGCACUGAGGACGGGGCCUGCCAGAUGGUAAAGGCUCAGUACAUCCCAGCCCAGCAGCCCCCCCGUGCCCAGCAGGCCCACCGAGGCGCCAAAAAGAAGCCCCCUCCCCUCACCAAGGGGCGCUCGAUGGAGCUGUCACCAGAGCGGGCCCCGGUGACGCCCAGGGAGAGGUCUCGGGCAGCGGCGAUGCCCAAGAAGUGCCGCUUCACCGAGGAAGGUGGGGAAGUGCCAGGGGGGCGCCGGGCUAGUGCCAGGAAAUGCUCCCCCCGUGGCAAGAACGCGGCGCGCUCCCAGUCGGAGAACAGCCUCCUGAACAAGCCGGGCUCCUUGGGCACCAAGUACCACACGGUGGAGCGGGAUGAGGUGGUGCUCAAGCCGUCCCGGCAGCGCCGCCCCCACCCGGGCGCUGCCGGCUACCGGAAGUGGCGCUCGACGGCGGAGAUCUGCCAGGAGGAGGCAGGCGCUGGGGAGCCGCGGCGGACGACCCCCUCCCUGCCAUGCAGCUCCUUUAAUAGCCUCGUCUUUCCCCCUCUGGCCGGCCUGAAGGCCCUCAACGUGUACACCAUUGCACCGCCGGCCAAGGCCCUGCACACAGUUCACCUGUGGCGCCUUCUGCCCACACGGCAUGCUCUUGUGAAACACGAGGGCAACCCCUGGAGCCUGGUCACCUUCUGGCUCAUGCUGAAGAUCCCAGCGGCUUCUGGGGCUGAGCAGCAGCAUCCUCGAGCCCGGCAGGGCCUAUAUUGA